AGCAGACUUCUACCCGACAGACAAAGCGGCAUAUGAACGUGCGUACACAGAGGAAGGCCGCGAGAGUUUAGUGUGCAAUUUGGGACAGGGCCACUGGCGUGUGAACGGAAACUUUUAUUUUGGAUAAGCGACAUGACGUCAUAAGGCUGCACCGCUGUCCUGCAUCAUUCUGCAGAAAAAAAGGCCAGUGUGCUGACUGCUGAACAAGGGAGCUGACUGAGAGGCAUCCAAAGAUUUUGUUUGGAUUUAUGUUAAGCAGUGUCACCUUAAACACACAGAAAAAUCCAGUUUAUGUAUUAUUAAAAGGAUGGCAUCUAUUAAAGUGGAAAGUGAAGACUUGAGGAUUGAAGAGGACUUCAGAGUGAAACAAGAAGAUGCUGAGGAACAAGCAGAUCUGAUUAUACUGAAAGAAGAAAGUGAAGAACUGAAUGAAAUGGAAAAGAAAGAUAAGUGUGAGAAGCUUCAUCAUUUCAUAAUUGGGGAAAAAUCCCAUCAGACUGGAAAGACGUCCUCACGAAAAAGAGCUCAAAAGACAGAAUCUAACAGUUAUUUUACAUGUUGUCAGUGUGGAAAGAGUUUCAAUCAAAAACAAAACCUUGAAGUCCACAUGAGAGUUCACACUGGAGAGAAGCCUUUCAGCUGCCAACAGUGCGGAAAGUGUUUCACUCAAAAAGGAAACCUUAAAAGUCACUUGAGAAUUCACACAGGAGAGAAGCCUUUCACCUGCAAACUGUGUGGAAAGAGUUUCACCGCAGAACCAAACCUUAAAUAUCACAUGAACAUUCACAAUGGAGUGAAGCCGUUCACUUGUGAUCAGUGUGGAAAGAGUUUCACUCGUAAAGUAACCCUCAAUUAUCACACAAGAAGUCACUCGGGAGAAAAUGGUUUAAUUUGUCAUCACUGUGGAAAGAAUUUCAGUCAUAAAGUAAGCCUUAAGACUCAUAUGAGGCUUCACACUGGAGAGAAGCCUUACACAUGCCCUCAGUGCGGAAUGAGUUUCACAUUCAAAGCAUCCCUUGAUUCACACAUGAGAAGUCACACUGGAGAGAGCCCUUACACCUGCAAAGUGUGUGGGAAGAGCUUCUCGCUAAAAGGAAAUCUCAACACUCACAUGAGAGUUCACACUGGAGAGAAGCCAUUCAUGUGUAUUCAGUGUGGAAGAUGUUUCACGCGUAAAGGAACCCUUAAAUACCACAUGAGGAUUCACUCAAGAGAGGACUGUUUUAUAUGUCACGAAUGUGGAAAGAGUUUCCCAGACAUGAAACACCUGAACAGGCAUGUAAUAAUUCACUCCGGAGAGAAGCCUUUUAAAUGUCAGCAGUGUGGAAAGGGAUUUCAGUACAAUAAAAACCUUAAAACUCACAUGAAAAUUCACACCAGAGAAAAAACUUUCAAAUGCAUUCACUGUGGGAAAAGUUUCAGUUAUAAAGUAAGCCUUAAGACUCACAUGAGACUUCACACUGGAGAGAAGCCUUACGCUUGCCCUCAAUGUGGAAAGAAUUUUACAUAUACAGCAACGCUUAAUGCCCACAUGAGAACUCACACUGGAGAGAGGCCGUUCAUAUGUGGCCAGUGUGGAAAGAGUUUCACACGCAAAGGAAACCUUAAUUACCACUUGAGGAUUCACUCAAGAGAGAACAGUUUUAAAUGUUAUCAGUGUGGAAUGAUUUUUACAGACCGAAAUCACCUUAAGAAUCAUGUAAUAACCCACAUCGGAGAAAAGCCUUUCAUAUGCCAUCACUGUGGAAAGAACUGCACAAACAAAACGAAUCUUGAGGUUCACAUAAGAGUUCACACUGGAGAGAGGCCUUUCACCUGCCCUCAGUGCGGGAAGAGUUUUACACUUAGAGGGAAUCUUAAGACUCACAUAAGAGUUCACACUGGAGAGAAGCCUUUCACAUGUCUUCAGUGUGAAAAGAGCUUUGCAUAUCAAAGAGACUUGAAACGUCAUUUGCAAACACAUUCUGACAAGAAAUUACAGUGUUCUGAGUGUGGAAAGGGGUUUCAGAAAAAUAGCAAUUUCAAAAAUCACCUGCACAUUCACUCCGGAGGGAGGCGAUUUCAUUGUCAUCAGUGUAAUAAAACAUUCCUUUUGCCAUCACACUUACAAAUACACUUGAAGAGCCAUGCAGAUGUGAGGCGCUAUUUGUGUUCCAUUUGUGGUAAGAGGUUUAAAUGGCUCAGCGAUUUAAAGUGGCACCAGAAAAUACGGAUCUGCGUGAAAUUGAAAAUUUCACCUCGGCUGAAUGCAGGCCAAAUCUGAUUGUAAAGCCUCAUGACCAUUGGCCUGUGCAUACUUUGUUUUGAGGCUUCUCGUUUCUAUUUGUCAUGUACAUAUAAACUUUUUUGGCCACACCUCACCAACUCCUUUGCUAUAUAAAAUAUUGAGUGGUUGUGGUAGACAGCCUCUAAUUCUGAUUCAAUAGAGGCGUUGCUCCAUUCCAUAUGUUUAUAUCUCGUAAUCGUAACAUUAGUUAAACUUCUGUCUUGCUGUAAAAUGCUACAAUAUAUAGUAUAUAAAUUAAGAAUAUAAAUAAAAGGACAUAAACUGAAUGAAAACUGAAAAAAUGCCGGUUAUAGAUAUGUUAUCUGGACUUUAAUAUGGAUGUUGGGCAUCAUCUGGAAGCUUGUGUAAGUAAGUUGUGUAAAAACAAGUCCUACUUCUGAUCUUCUGUGUUUUUAGUUUAUUUAAUGGACACGGUUAACAGCAUUUCAAAAAAUUAAUUGAAGGUUCAGUUAUACAUCAGCUUUGUAGCAAAUGCCUAGUAUAUUCCAUUUGUGCACUAGAAAAGGUAAUCUUUGUCCAGUGUCUGCACUGUUUCUCUCCGGAAGUUAUGAGUAAUAAAAAUGUCUUGUUAAAAAUGUACUUGUUUAGAGUAGAAUUAUGUGUUUUUGAACAAAAACUUGUCAAUGUUGGCAUCUCUUGAGUACUUAUUUUAUUUUUUCUGUCAGCUUGUUUUCUUUUUCAAAUGUGAAACAAUUGCCUGGGCCACUUUGUGAAAAAACUAGUGUCCAAGUGCAAAAAAAAAAAAAAAAAGGAUAAAGAAAACCCGCAUGAACUGAGUGUACAGUGUAUGCUGUUAGAAAAAUAUUGCUUUGCUUGUAGGUAUGCACAUACUGUGCUGAUAAUGACGACAUUUAUGUCACACAUUGUCUGUAAACUCUAGUGUACACCUAUAAACAAAGCAUAAUGUGGUAGAUUUAUAGAAUUUACUCCAUAGAUUUACAGAGGUAGUUGUUCAGAAUGCUUUUUUUUCUAUACUGAAGCAUGCAAUUCAUCACCCAUGAGCACAUGGGGCACACUCCUAUUUCUUGUGUUUCACAUAAUAUCCACAUCCCUACCCUUUUGUCUCAGCUAUUGAUUGCUGUUGUAUGAAUACCUGGCAUGUGAAGCCACCGUCAGCUGGAGUGACUGCAGUUCCUACCGAGUGCCAAAAAGACUGAAUGACAGCAGUGGUUUUCAGCGAGAAAGCUGUGACAGAACACACAAAACACAUCUAAAACAACAAAUAGAUCUGACAAGAAAUCUGAAAUAUAUUUUACAGACUGCCGAAAUCUACAGAACAGAGAAGCAAAUGGAUCCCUGCAAUUCAAAGAAACAAAUGGACUCUAGGCAGCGAAACACAGAUUUGCAGUUAUCAUUAUAUGUUAAUGCUGAAUUUUGUGGCAAAAUCAUACCCUAUAUAUUGUAUUGUUUUAUAUCUUGUUGCCUACUCAUCAAUUAAGUAUUUACCAUCUUAUAUUCUGCAUAACUGGAUGUUUUUAAAUAAACACUGACAAAAACUA